GGCAUUGUUGCAGAAUUCAUAAUUUAGUGAGUGUGCAGCGAGUGUACACUGAUCACAGAACAUAUUUUUAUUUUAUGUGAAUGACAGUGAAGUUUUGCAGGUUCCAUCGACUAUUGUGUUUUGCAGCUGGUGGGAGUGACAGAACUAAAUACGGAACGAAAUGGCAUCAUCAAAGUUAAUGCGAGCCAUCAGAGUGUCCGAGUUUGGAGGACCAUCGGUUUUAAAAUUGCGAACAGACAUUCCCGUGCCAAAUCCUGGUCCAGAUCAGGUGUUAAUUCGGGUCCAUGCCUGCGGAGUGAAUCCCGUGGAAACGUAUAUCCGCGCCGGGGCCUUCAGUCGGAAACCGAGGCUGCCCUACACCCCGGGAUCAGAUGUGUCUGGGGUCGUGGAAGCCGUCGGAGAUGGUGUUACCUUUUUCCAGGCAGGAGACCGUGUGUUCACCACUGCCACGGAGACAGGAGGCUAUGCGGAGUAUACAGUAGCGUCAGAGGAAUCGGUCUACCGGCUGCCUGAUUCCCUAGAUUAUAAACAAGGGGCUGCCAUUGGAAUCCCAUACUUCACAGCAUACCGUGCGCUCUUCCAGAAAGCCCAUGCCAAAGCAGGAGAGACAGUUCUGGUCCAUGGAGCCAGUGGAGGGGUGGGAAUAGCAGCGUGUCAGAUCGCCAGAGCCUUUGGGAUGAAGGUGCUGGGAACAGCAGGUACUCCAGAGGGCCAGACGCUGGUCCUGAAGAACGGAGCCCAUCAGGUCUUCAACCACAGAGAGAAGGGUUACACCGACAGAAUACAGGAGGCUACCAAUGGGCAAGGGGUGAACGUGAUCAUUGAGAUGCUGGCCAAUGUGAACCUCAGUAACGACCUGGAAAUGCUAGGCCGAGGAGGCAGAGUGACAAUAGUGGGCAGCCGAGGACCCAUUGAAAUUGACCCACGCGACACCAUGAUGAAGGAGUCCAGCAUCAUCGGAGUGGCCCUCUUCUCUUCAACAUGUGAAGAGAAGGCCGAAUGCGCAGCCGCCCUCUGUGCUGGAAUGGAUUCUGGUUGGAUGAAGCCUCUCAUCGGUGCCCAGUACCCCCUAGAGCAGGCUUCACGGGCCCACGAAGACAUCAUCCACAGCUCCGGGGCAAGAGGGAAGAUGGUGCUGACCAUGUGAUCACGUUGCCUCGCAGUUACUGAUGCCAGCACUUAAAAAUUCCUGUGCAGUGAUGGAAUAAAAUGGGAAAUUUGUUGUGUGAUGUUCUGCGCUAUU